AUGAUUGAAAUACUCAGCGAAGUUGGCAAUGGUGUUAUUGCGCACCCCCUUUCUAAAACCGACAACCAAUCUACAAGCUUCACGGCCCAAAAUCUACCCUCGCAGCUGCUGAACACUGCGCAUUCUACCGGCCUUGGUAUCGCAACUACUGCCAUUUUUGAGGGCCAGGUGGACAUUACAGACCCUACCACCCUGGCCAAGGUAGUCCAAGAGUACACCGGGGCUAUCAUUGACUAUGAGAAUGCGUCCCAGAAGGAAAGGAGUGCUGCCCUGGCCGACCUCGUCCGCCAUGUCGCUGCCGAGAAGGACUGGCUGGCUGGCUGGACAUGUCUGUCGAAGGCGGCACCCAGUUGCGGUCUAUGGUCUCGUCUUAUCGAAGAUGUCUCCAUGUCGGUUGAUGUUUACCGCCGUGUCAAGCUGAAUGAUACGGCACGGCCAAUGGUCGAUGGCUUGACCAUCCACGUCGUCGCGCAACCAGACCCCAACUCAUUGAAUCAAAUUGGACCAAAGAGCCUUGGUGGACAUGAUUGGAAAGUGGACAAAGUAUUCGAUGAGGUGAAGAACAAUUGGACGAGCUCUGGAUUUGGGGCCGUUGCCCCAUGCACCCUGUUCGGCUGGGCUGGGCUAUUCAGAAAGGUCGUCAAGCCAGAGGACAUUUCUCAGAUGAUCAGUAUGCAGCUGCUCGGCACUGUCGAUUACGACUUCGACAAGAAUGAAGACCACAAGCCCGGGAUGAGUCGCUCUGGCAUCGUUGCAGGGAGGAAUUGCAUCAAGACUGGAUCUAAACUUCAAGGUGGAGCGAUGGUGGCUCUGCUCAAUCAUGACCUCCAGCAUUGCGUACGUGACAUUCAGCUGAGUUGGGCUCGAGAGGGAUACGGUGCCACCAUUGUAGGGCCAUCCAACAUCUCGCCCAGAGACUGGACCAUGGCCCUGAGUGGUGACUGUGCAGCUCUGACUCCGUAUGGCUACAUACCAGAAGCAGACUAUGAUCCCAGUCAACCUGGCCAGUUUACAUCUGUCCUUGUGGCCAAUAUUCACGAUGUCUUGUAUGAUCACGGAGCCUCGAACAGGAUGUCAGGUAUGAUGUACACUGCUGGUGCCGGUUUGGCAAAGGACGACAUAGCCGUUGCCUAUUCAAUUGGAAUGCUGGAUGCCAUUGCCCGCCGCAUUCGUGAACUUCCUGAUGGAAAUGACCUACUAUUUGGCGACUCCGUGUAUAUGAUUACGUUUAGCUGGGCUCCCUUCAACACUCGAUAUCGCACAUGGGAGCGGUUCAUCAAAUACACCAGACUCUUGCAAGCAUCCUCCUCCCCAGAGGCGUCCCGAAUCUUGGACCUUUCUCGGCGUGGAAAGGUCCUGGCGGUUUCUGAUAGCGACCUUGAGGUUAUUCCAGUUCGAGACUCCUGGACAGCAGCCAUGGACAAGUCGUCGCCGUCCAGACUCUCGCCCCGAGUCACCCAGGCAUAUAGACUGGCACCGACCUCGGCUGUUUUCGAUAAACAUGGGAUGAGGCCGGCCGGUCUCUGCUCGCAGUGUGAACCUCUCUACCACACAUCUAUCGGCAGAGAAAACCAUAUACAUGCCAUCUCGGGGAUGCCUCAAACCGUAAUUGAACGAGACUCCGUUAAUAUCGCCGCCGGUAUCCGUCGCGUGGCAGCUCUAGCCGCCAAGAAGAGUGAUCUAUCUGGAAGCGCCUGUUGCGAGAAAUGUGCUUGUAAGCUCGGCGCAUGGGCUGACAGAGUCGCGUACAAGGUGCUCCUCGCCAUGAUGGCCAGUGAGCCAUCCUCUAGCCCACAGGAGUGGAUGUUGGAGAAUUACCUGGUCAUUUGCGCGACUCUGUGGCCAGUCUCUGUCAUCACCAUCCUCAGUGGUUUUGACCUUGUCGCAAAUGCUAAAUUCGAGCCAGGUGCUAUGGGAGAGCGCGAUGCUGUGGAUUGUUAG